UUGGUUAUAGAUUAAUUUACAUUAUCUCCUUCUCAACAAAUUGUUGACGCAUCUAUACAACCUAUUUCAAUGAAAUGAUUGGGCUGAUAAUGUUACUUACCGGCGUCAAAGAAGAAAAAAAGAAAAACCACGAAAACAAAAAGAUACAAAGAAAGACUUAAUAAUAAUAAUAAUAUACCCCUUAGUAAUCUAAUUACCUUAGAGUUUUGGGGGAAAUUUUUAUGAAGGAGACAAGGAAGGGUAAUGCUUGCAUAAAUUAAUCAUUACUGGUUUGGUCUAGUUUAAAUCAGUGAUUUACUUCCAUUGAAGCAACAAGUAGGAAAUGUUGGCGACACACAAUAGGACUGAUGGCUGCAAUCGAAACAAAAUAUCAGUAUGUCAUGGAGUUCUUAAAUGAAGAAAACUUACAGAAAAUCUUUCAUACCAAUUCUGAUAGAAAUCAACAGAUAUUUUGAAUACGCCUGAAUACAUUUUCACUUUAUCAAAAAUGCUACAGAAUGAUCUGAACAUCACUGAAACUUUAGAUGUUAAUGCAUUAUGGGAAAGGCAAGACACAAUGGCUGUCUUUUCGGUUUUGAUCAUGGUUGUUAUAUUGUUUGGAAAUGGAACUGUGGUAAUAUCUAUUAUAAGAUACCAACACCUACGCACCCCUACAAAUCACUUUGUUUUAACAUUGGCAUUAACUGACAUCAUGCUGGCUUUAUCUCUGCCUUACCACACAGUGUCCUAUGUACAUCCAUUCUUAACAAAGCAAAAAUAUGCUUGCCUCUGGCGAUAUAUCUCCUUCUUGCUUCCUUGUGGUACAUCACAGACACAUGUGUUGGCUAUCACACUGGAUCGAUAUUUAUCUGUGGUUCAUCCCCUCCAUUACAGUUCACUAAUGUCCACCAAAAAAGUUUUUAUCAUUUCUGGAUUGCUUUGGCUUUACAGUUCUGUUCUUGGAUUUGUACCAUUUUACUGGAAUUACUGGGAUGGUCACAGUGCCUGCAAUCUUAACAUUGUAUUUCCUGUUGGUUAUAUGAUUAUUUUAGUAGUGCAGUUUUUUUUCAUCAGCAUCAUUGUUAUAAUCCUUUAUUUAAAAGUAUUUGCAAUUGCUAAGAGAUUACAGAAAGGCAUUCUGAAACCUAAUAACGACAUUACUCCUGGUCCAACUAAGAAAAAAUUCAAGAAUUCAAGAUCACUUCUUUUGUACGGAAUAGUGGUUUGCUUUUUCUGCUUUUUAUGGACACCAUUUUUCACGGUUGUUUUAAUACAAAUGUUGUGGUUUAACAAUAAUGCUCUCCUGAUAUUUGGCAGAGGAUUCACAUUAUUAGGACUUACAACUUCUAUAACUAACCCUGUAACUUAUGUCUUUUUGAACAAAGGUUUUCAUAAAGCAUACCGAGACAUGUUUCAUCUGAAGAAAAAAAAUAUAUUUGUUAAGAAGCAGCAAGGCUUACCUCAUGCAGACUUCAUAAAAAUAUCUUCAUACAAUGGAAAUUUGCAGUAACACAUUAUAUAUGGUUUGCUGAUAUAGAAAAAAACACGCCUCUGUUAAUUAUAUUGUGUGCUUUUUUUCCGACUAAUGAACAACUUAUAAUACACACACACCCAAACAUUUAUAGCUAUCUAUGACUUUGCCAGUACUGUGAUAGAAAUUGAUGAUAAAGAUGUCAUCAAAUCCCAAGAACUCAAACAAAUACUCACAUUUUUCAAAAGAAACUCAUUCAAAAUCAUCAAGACAACCAGCUCUCGACACACAACAGAAGAAAACUGAAGAAGUCCUAGAAAAAGCAAUGAAGUUCAGAAAAUAUUGGGUUUCACAAAAGAAAUAAUGCAGGAAAUAAAAAAAAAACACCAUCCGUUCGUGGCCGUUUGCCAGACUCAUCUGGCACCACCAUCCGUUCGUGACCGUUGCCAGCACCGCCCCGAC